UGAACAAGGAGGAGUUGUGGGGCUGCAAGACACGCUCUGUAUCCGAGACAAUUAUUUCCAUCUCGGCCACGGCAAGCGCUCGACCACUCAUCUUCCAGCCUUGCGCCUCGUACACGUCGACGUCGCCGCCGAAUCCCCCUUUCACGUGCGCAUCCAAUACACAGCCGUGCGUGCGACCAUGGACGACCUCAAUUCGACGUCGCACGAGCACGAUGUCUUCAAUCCCGACGACUUUCUCAUCACCAAUGGGCCCAUGUCCGUUCUGGACGGCGAUGCGCCCAUCUUGGCCGACGUUGGAGACCCCCAGCUCCCGCUCGAGUUACCCCAGGAUACAACCUCAAGCGAUACCACUGUCAGUGACUCUAGUAGCUUGAAGCGUCCGAAACCCCAUGAUGACGAGGAUAACGAGGGUUGGGAGCUGGUCGACCGCCAAUCUAAGAAGGCAAAGAAGCUGAAGAAGAUUCCUCAACCUGCAUCAUCCAAUUACCCUUCCAUAAGCUUUAACUACAAUGCCAAACUCCAAUCCAAGAUCUCAUUGGAUCAGCUGCGGAACCUUGUUCUAAAGAUUGUCGCGGUCAUGGUACCUGGAUUAGAGGAAGCCAUGUUCAAGCAAGACGUUAACUUCUCCACAUACAACGAGCAAUGCUUUGACCUGGACCAGAAGUCACGCGUUUUGACUUCUCCCGAUGAUUAUUACCCCCGGCUACUGAAGCGUGAUGAGCUGCCGGAGAUUCUGAAAGAUUUCGCCGACAUGUUUCCCCACCUUUGGCCUGUCAAGACACCAGGGAAUGAGAAAUACGGUUUUAUGCGAUCGCCUCUGGGUACCAUGCUGACCGCACCCACUGAGAAGAUCAAGGAAGAGAAGACCGCAAAAGGCGUGCAGCCGGCGAAGGAACCAAAAGGGUGGAAGGAUGAGCGUACAAGAAUCACCGAGUUCCUUGCGAUGCCUGAAGAUUUCCAGCCCAAUGGCUACAUGCUACAUCCCGCUUGUAUACCAGCUGAGCGACGCAAAAAUUACGAACACCCUGAAGGUUGGAUACAUACAUGCGUCGAGAAUUUUGAGGAUGGUGAUGUCCCAGAAGAGGAGAUUCAACAAGGAAGUGUCACGGCUGGCCGUGACGUUUAUGCCCUCGAUUGUGAGAUGUGUAUGACUGGCCCAGACGAAUACUCUUUAACAAGAAUCAGUCUUGUUGGCUGGGACGGAACUAUUAUAUUAGAUGAGCUAGUCAAACCCGACAAGCCCAUCGUUGACUAUGUAACACGCUUUUCUGGUAUUACGGAGCAGAUGCUUGCCCCCGUCACUACGACAUUAAGCGAUAUCCAAACAAAGUUAUUGACUAUUCUAACCCCUCGCUCCAUCCUAAUCGGUCACUCAUUAGAGUCAGACCUGAAGGCAUUGCGACUCACUCAUCCCUUCAUUGUGGAUACCUCACUUAUCUUCCCACAUGUUCGGGGCCCGCCGUUGAAGAACAGUCUGAAAUUUCUGACCCAGCGAUUUCUCAAACGUGAGAUCCAGAAUCGUGCUGGUGGACAUGAUUCGAUUGAGGAUGCGAAGGCAUGUCUGGAUCUUGUCAGACAAAAAUGCGAGAAAGGCAAGGCAUGGGGACAGCACGAGUCACAGGGCGAAAAUUUAUUUCGACGUCUAAAUCGUGCAGGCACGUCCUAUCGUGCCAACGGUGGUGUUGAAGCCACAGGUGGUGUUCGCAUGGGCAAGACAAGUGCCAUGAUAGACUGGGGCGACCCAAUGAAGGGCGCCGGUGCAGCUUCCACUUUCCCAAUAGGCUGUAAUUCAGACGAAGAAGUGCUCGAGCAGACUUUACGUGCAAUCCAAGGUGAUCCAACUGCGGAACAAAUACCCGCUGGCGGCGUAGAUUUUGUUUUUGCACGGUUUCGAGAGCUCGAAGCGUUCCAGGGUUGGUGGAAUCAGACUAGGACUAGCGACAGCCUGCAAAUACCGGAUCUGUCUAGUAUGUCCCUCGAGACCUGCGUUUCAAACCUCACGCAGAGGAUCAAGCGGAUACACGACGCCUUACCGAAAUGCACUGGCUUCGUGGUGUUUAGUGGUUCCGGUGACCCAAGGGAGAUGAGUCGCCUGCAAACGAUGCAAUCCCAGUUCAAGAAACAGUAUAAUCCUGGCAUCGAUUGGGAUGAGUUGACUGUCAAAUGGACGGACGUCGAAGAGCAGGCACUAAAGAAGGCCGUCGGUAUCGCGCGAAAUGGCAUUGGCUUCAUCGGAGUCAAAUAGUGUGCCUACAUUGCACAGCUUGAGAUUUAUUUUCCCCAUGACUCGCC